UGCUCAUGAACCCGACUCGUUGUCAUUUUCUUUGUCAUUAAUGAAAAGCAUGUGCAACAUUUGUCCCCAAAUCUUUGCUCAAAUAUAUACAGUGAGGAGUUCUAUAUCUCCUCCUUUGUUCGUUUUCCCUUGUGAGUUGUGCUACUUCUGUCUUAUAACCUACUCAUUAUAAAUAAACUUAUGAUCCUGUUCGAAACGAACAUGUUUUCUCUUAUAAAUGACUUGUACGCAAGUCUUAUUUUAUAAUGUACAAGCACUCGGUGGGUGCCCUUUAUGAAUCUCGAGCACUCUCACGGGUGUUCAAUAUCUAGAAUAUGCUUUUGGGUGCUUGUCUUUUCUUAUGAGUAACUGGUAUUUGUGGCAUAGGUUUCUCCUUAUAAUUGUCAAGCACUCUAAGGGCACUUCUCUUUAACCUUAUACACUUGCUCGAAGGUCACAAUAAGCGCUUCGUUUCCUUGUGGGUUUCCUUGCGGAUUUGUUCGAGUAUAUCGACCAAGAUGUCUUUGUAUAUUGGUCAUAUAUCAGCACGCACUCAUAGAGCUGAUCUUGAACGUGUCUUUCGAAGGUUUGGACAGUGUGAUGUACGGUUGAAAGAUGGAUAUGGUUUUGUAGUUUACGAUUUCCCUCCAAAUGCUGAUAAAGCUCUGAGAGCACUACAGGGUAAGAGCUUAUUUGGGCAACAAUUAACCAUUACAUGGUCAAAUAAACAGCCAAGAGCUUUCCAAAGAUACACAAGAGGUGCAAGAUCCUAUGAGUCACAUGGGAGAGAUUUUGGCCGAAGAAAAGUGCCAAAUGAUUGGGGAAAUUAUAGUUCAGGUAAUAGGCAAACAGAUGGUGAUGGUGAUGGUGAUAGGCUUAAUUCUGAGGAUAUGCUUACUGAAGGCAGAGAUUAUCAUCAAGAAGAAAUGAUUGAUUACGUUGGAGAAGAACAUGAUAAUUUUAGGGAAGAUUUACCAAGAGACGGUGAUGAUUACAUUAUGGAUGAACAGGAUAAUUUUGGGGAAAAUUUGGCAAGAGAUGGUGGUGAUUACAUUAGAGAGCGGGAGAAUUUUAGAGAAGAUUUGGUGAGAGACGGUGGUGAUAUUGUAUCUAAGAUGGUGGACAAUGGUAGAUGGGGUGAGCGAGUGGAUGACCAUUCAAAUGAAAAUGGACUUUAUAGUGACUUAAAUACUGACCGAUAUGAACCUUAUCAGGGUUAUGACAGGAGAGAUAAAGAUGAAAAUCAUUGGAUGACUCGUUCUGGUGGUUCGGCACUUGGAAUUUCUCAAGAGAAUGUAGGUAGAGAGCUAGAUGGUUAUAGUUGUUUUAGUUGUGGAGCUUUGGGUCAUAAGAUGCGUGAUUGCCCAAGAAAACACUCUUCACGGAGGAAAUUUACAAGGUUUGAUCGCGGGCCCGAUGAUGAUGUCAGUAAAGGUAGAGGUGAUGGUGAGUUGGAGAGAUUUGGAUCCAAGUCCUGGCACAAUAUGCAUUCAAGUAAGGGUGCUAAGUUGAGGGAAAUGAAUGAUAAAUGGGCAUCUAAUUCAGACAAGCAUCAAGUUUCACUAAAGAACAAAAAAUCUGAUGAAGCUGUUAGAGCUCAAGGGAAAGAUCGUGAAGGAAAGAAAAGAAACAAAAAGGAGACCGGAUCUCCUAAAAGACAACGUGCAAGGAAAUCGAAGAGGUCAGCAUCAACAUCUUUCUAUUCAGAGUAUCCUGCUUCUAGAUCACGCUCGAUUUCAAAAUCUUUGAAGUCACGAUCUAGGUCAAGAUCAGUUUCUGCAGGUUCUUUGUCUUCUGAUUCGAAAGCCAGCUCCAAAUUGGGUUAUUUAAAAUCUUUAAGUUCCAAAUCAAGAUCUAGGUCAAGCUCACAUACAUCCUUGUCUUUGUCUGUAUCCCUUGGCCGACCAGCAUCCUCUCCUGGUAAGGCACAAAUCAACCACAAACAAUCUUUGAAUAAUGGUACGAUUCCUGAAUCCUCUUACAUUGAAGUUCAAAAGGCCAUAAAAGGCGAUGCCUACUGUGAAAAUGCUCAAAUUGAAACUGGAAUGGCAGCAGUCAAGAACGGAAAUGCAGUCUCAGUCUCCGAAUUAGAAAAUGACACGGAAAAGAGCCAGGAUAUGCGGGAGGACAGUAUUACUAAAUGCACGUCGUCAUUUAAAAGAACUAGUCUUGGAAACUCACAAUCGGAUGUAGGUGCUCUUACUACUGGGCAUUCGACUCCAGAGGAUCUGAAAGUGAUUUUAGAUCAGACAAAUUCUGAUGCCUUAGCAAUGAACCAUAUCCUGAAAUCAACUGAUAUAUCAGAUUCAGGAACUCCCAAUGUCUCCUCUGGCCGUUCAACAAACAUAUCUUUGGAGGAGAUGUGCAUGGUGCUGAAGCACUAUGGCGUGGAAGUCCCACAAGAAAGUGAAAGACAUCAUUCUUUUGAAUCUUACUUUGGCUCUGCUCGCUUGUGGCCUUGGGAGAGCAUCUAUUACAGGAGGAUGAAAAAAGGUCCUGUAUCAGUUGAGAACUAUGCCAAAAGGGUUUCUCAAAAUCAAGAAUUCGGUAUCGUUGACAAGUACAUCAGAGGCAGCAGUGGAUGGGGAGAAAUGUCUCGGGAAAAUCCAUGAAAGUUUUUGGAGGUUAUAUGAGAACUACCUUGCCUUGUAAUACCGUUCCUUUAACUUAGAAUUUCUGGAAGGUUUCUAAGUAUAAUUUUUGAUCCUGUAGCUUUCAUGCAAACAUGUUUCAUAUGGUUAUAGUUAUAUAAUUCACUUUUGUCUACUUUCAUGUUGGAAAAGCCUCAUCGUGGUUAUUAGUCACGCAAUACCUGUUACUACUUUUUUCAUGGAGUAGGCCCCUAUACUUCGUUGUAAGGAAGUUAAACUCCAAGUUUCUACUACCAACUCUUGUAAGAUUAGGACAUUAUUAUAUCAUAUAAGAUUUCUGUUAGAGGUU